AAAAACUCAGAAAACCAAACCAUUUGAUUACUACAAGCACCCGACCAAAAAAUUUAAUACAAAGAUAAAGCUUUUAUAUUCAGAAACUGUGGAAAGCACUGUGGUAAAAACUACGGAAAAGACUGGAAACUAUGGAAGGGAUGAGUCGAAAAGUAGUUCGCAUUGUUAUUCUUAUAAUACUAGCUGUCUUUAUUUCUGUGAUCAAUACAAUAUGUCUUCAAAUCAUUUUGGCUUCAAAGCGUCUUCUUCGAAGCCCAACAACCCUACUUAUCACAAACUUUAUUGCUAUCCAUUUAAUUCAAGGAGUAGUCGUGUUACCAUUGUACGCUUUAACUCAACAUUUUAGAAAAGUGGUUUGGUUGCACGAUAGUUAUCAGUUUAUGUAUAAGCUAACCUUUUAUGGAAAUUGCCUCGCUGUGUUACUUCUGAGCAUCGAUAGGUUACUAGCCAUUAAAUUACUGACGUCAUAUUUUGUAACAGUUACUAAAAGCAGAGUUAAAAAGUUGAUUAUUGUAUGUUGGACGUAUGUUUUUGUUUUGUGUCUAAUUCCAUUUUUUCCAUUACAAAAAUCAUACACAGUUCUUGAUAAAAUGCUCUUGAUAAAAUAUAAUUACAAUGCUCCACAAGUUUGGUCAAUCUUCAUGUUAAUUUUAAAUACUCUGAUACCGUACGCAAUUGUUAUUGGAAUAUAUGUGGUGAUUAGUCAAAAAAUUCAUAAGUUAGUUAAAUCAUCUAUAAAAAGGUCUAGUGUAUUAGAUAAAAGAGUUUCAAAUAAUGAUUCAUCCCAUAACAAAGAAUCUAGAAAUGCUUUGCAGACUACUUUACUUGUUCUGAAGCUACUUCUUUGCAGUGCAAUUACGUGGUUUCCAAAAGCAGUUUACGUUGUUAUUCGAUGUUUCUACCCGUCUCAUUUAUCCCAAGACAUUUAUGGCUCCGGAUUUGAAAGAAAUAUUUUGUUUUCAGUAAACUUUGUGAGCAUUUUAAACGCCUUACUUGCUCCGCUUAUAUAUUUUUUUUACCAUAAAGGUCACCGGCUUCGAUUUAAAAGCAUUAUGCAUUUUUGUUCAGGUCACAACGGGGUAGAUCCUAACUAUUGGCAUAGUUCGCAAAUAAGCUAAACACUUUGUAAACUUUUUAAACGUUUAAACCUUUUUUUUUAAUUCAGUUUUAAAGUGAAAUUUAUAUUUAUUUUUUUAUUUUAUUUUUUAAAAUGACAACUUGAGGCU